AUGCGCCCCAGCGGCCGCGCCCGCGACCAGCUCCGCCCGAUCGUGCUGGAAACCGACGUCAACAAGUAUGCCGAAGGCUCCUGCCUGGCCAGGUUCGGCGACACCCACGUGCUCUGCACCGCCAGCCUGAUCGACGCCGUGCCGCCCUGGCUGCGCAACUCCGGCCGCGGCUGGGUGACGGCCGAGUACGGCAUGCUGCCGCGCUCGACCGACAGCCGCGUCGACCGCGAGGCGGCGCGCGGCAAGCAGUCGGGGCGCACCCAGGAGAUCCAGCGCCUGAUCGGGCGCGCGCUGCGCGCGGUCACCGACCUGACCGGCUUCGGCGAGCGUCAGAUCAAGCUGGAUUGCGAUGUGCUCCAGGCCGACGGCGGCACGCGUACGGCGGCGAUCACCGGGGCGUACGUCGCGCUGCACCACUGCUUCCAGCACAUGCAGCGCUUCGGCGCCGUCAAGGCGAUUCCCCUGCGCGAGCCGGUCGCCGCCGUCUCCUGCGGGCUCUACGAGGGCGAGGCGGUGUUGGACCUGGACUACGCCGAGGAUUCCCGCGCCCAGGCCGACGCCAACUUCGUGCUGACCGCCAGCGGCGGCAUCGUCGAGGUGCAGGCCACGGCCGAGCAGGACCCCUUCAGCCGGGCGCAGUACGACCUGCUGCUGGAGCUGGCCGAGGCCGGCGUGCGCGACCUGGUGACCCAUCAGCGCGCCGCUCUGGGCCUGGACUGA